AUGGCAAUCUCCGUAACCUCUCUCCUCUCAAUCUCUUUCCUCUUGAUAACCUCAAGUUUAGCCCACGCCCAGAUUGAGUACGUGACUGAGCGCCGCCUCCGGGGACGAAACCGGUGUAAUAUCGAGCGGAUUACCGCUCAGGAGCCCAGCCACCGCGUUGAGUCGGAGGCCGGGGUUACUGAGUUGUUUGAUGAGAAUGAUCAGCAGUUUGAGUGUGCCGGUGUCGCGUUCCAGCGCCGGAUUAUUCAGCCUAGAGGGUUAUUGCCGCCUUCUUUCUUCAAUGCUCCUCGCCUUGUCUACAUUCUUCAAGGUAGAGGGAUUUCAGGCACCGUUGUGCCCGGAUGCCCGGAGUCAUUCCAGCAAUUCCAGCAGCAAUCGCAACGCCGGCGUGGUCAAGGACAGAGGUCAAGCGACCAGCACCAGAGAAUCAACCACUUCCGUGAGGGUGAUAUCCUUGCAUUGCCUGCUGGAGUUGUGCAUUGGGCUUAUAACGACGGUGAUCAGCCCGUUGUUGCUAUCACCGUCGUUGACACCGGCAACAAUGCUAACCAGCUCGACCGCAAUCACAGGCAAUUCUUGCUAGCUGGAAGGAAGCAGCGAGGCCAGAGGUUCAGCGUAGAGCCCACCCGCCAGGAGGACUCCAAUGAGAACAUCUUCAAUGGCUUCGAAACUGAAUCCUUAGCCGAAGUAAUGGGAAUCAGCAGAGACCUCGCCGAGAAGCUCAAGGGCCGCAACGACAAUAGAGGAGAGAUCAUUAGAGUUGAGGAAGAGCUUCGCGUUAUCAGGCCCUCGAGAAUGGAGAGAGAAGAGUACGAAGAGGAGAGAAGAAGACAAACAACUGUCAAUGGAUUAGAGCAGGCUUUUUGCUCCUUGAGAAUUAAGGAGAACAUUGAUGAUCCUGAGAGGGCUGAUAUCUAUAAUCCUAAUGCAGGGAGGAUUACUCACCUCAACAGUAAGAAGCUGCCUAUUCUUAGGUAUCUUCAGUUGAAUGCUGAGAAAGGAGUUGUUCGCCCGGACGCCCUGAUCUCUCCACACUGGAACGUGAACGCCCACGCCAUAGUCUACAUAUCCCGCGGCAGCGCCCGCUUCCAGAUCGUUGGCCUGCGCGGCAACACCGUUCACAACAACGAAGUCCGCCAAGGCCAAGUUGUUGUGGUGCCGCAGCACUUCGCUACCCUGAUCCGGUCAAGCCGAGAGGGGUUUGAGUACGUCGCGUUCUUCACCAACGACAACGCCAUCGUCAGCAAUAUCGUGGGCAAGGAUUCGGUGCUGAAAGGGAUGCCGGUGGAGGUGAUCAUGAAUUCGUACAGGAUGUCGACGGAGGAGGCGAGGAGGGUGAAGGAGAAUAGAGGGGAGGAGCUUGCCUUGUUUGAGCCUCGGGUUCAAGGGAGGAGAUACGGAUGAUGUGUGUAAAUUUAAGGAGGAGAGUUUGGUUGUAUGUGUAGUAGUAGUAAAUACUAGAGUGGUUGAAUAAAGGCUUGAGGUGUUACAAGUUUGUAAAAGUGA